AUGGGUAUGUAUUCAAUAUUCAUUUUGAUAUUUAGUGUUACUUCCAUUUCAAUUGUGACAACUUCAUCGGUGUGUCCAAUCGGAGCUUCGUUUCCCGAAUGGAUGGUCGGUUAUUUUCACGCCGAAUUUGCCGACGGUACAUCGGCAAACGCUCGAUUCGGCAGAUGGUUUGCCAAUGUAACAUUCUCCACUGGCGAACACGGAACUUUAACUAUGCCAACACCUCUUCAACAAAUAGGCGAUACUUACGUUUUUCACGAAUGCGUACAGGUUUAUGACGAUGAACCAGCAUUACGCUGCUCGCUUUUGGUACGCAACGGUACUGGUUAUACAGAAUAUAUUCACAAAAAUCCAGAUUUGAUUCCUGUUUGUCCUCAGUCAAUCACGUCACCCGAUCUUGAAUUAGAAAUCGUCACUCGAAUCGAUUAG